AAUAUAGUUUUGUCAUUUCCUUAGCCCAACUCAAAAUAGCCCAAAGUAAACCUCUCCGAUUCUCUUAAGUCUGAGGUAAGAACCCUAGCAUUUCUCAUUUUGAAUCUCGCUCGAGCUCACAGUUUCUUCGUUGGGGAUCGAAAUCGUGCCAUUUGAGUUAGCCUCUGUAUAGAUCGAUGGCUAGCCUGAGAAGAGCUCUGCUCGUAGCAGGGAAGACGAAGAUCAACCUAGAAAACUGCCAUUUCAUCACCGGAAUCAACUACAACGGUCUCAGCGUGAAGCAACUACAAGAGCUCCGUGGAAUCCUCCGUGAAAACACAAACACGAAGCUCCUCGUCGCCAAGAACACUUUAGUCUACAAAGCCUUGGAAGGAACCAAAUGGGAGUCUCUGAAGCCAUGUAUGAAGGGUAUGAACGCUUGGCUAUUCGUUCAAUCUGAAGAUAUACCUGCUGCUUUGAAGACUUUCAUCAAUUUUCAGAAAGAGAAGAAGCUCUACGAUAACAAUUUAGGCGGUGCUGUUUUUGAGGAGAAAUUGUAUGCUCCUCAGGAUUACAAGGUUAUUGAGACGAUGCCUUCUCGCGCUGAUGUUUAUGGUAUGAUGCUUGGUUCUUUGCAUUGGCCGGCGUUAGAUCUCGUCAAUGCGUUGCAGGCCCCACCGGCGGCGUCGGAAAAUGAGACAGUUGUUGCAUAGAAGGAAGGAAUUUUCCAAUUUCUUGCUCUAAAAACGCUUCAAUUUAUGUCUCCUUUUGUGUUUGUGCUUCCGGAUUAAACAUAUAGUGUCCUAUCAAAAAUAAUUUGUUGGAAUUCUCUUAGAAAUUGCUAUUAUGGAUUUACUCUUUGAUUUUGAGCUUCGAUUUCGGAACCAGUGUUACUGGAUUUUGUUGUAGUGUAUUGAGCUUGGCUUAUCUUCUUCUGUUGUUUGCUAGAAGAGAAUUGGUGAAUUAGUAAUACUUGUUGUGGACUUGCAAUCCUCUUUGACACCUUAAUGACUGUUACUGCAUCAUCCAACAAGUUUCAGGU